AUUUGGUAAUAUUAUUUCCAUCUUACAUAGUAGAAUUGUACCCUCAGUUAUUUAUAAAAACAUACCAUCAUUAAACAAAAUCAUAGUCUGCUUAUCGAAUAAGUUUACAUUCAUAAAUGCCUUUAUUACUACUAUUAUGAAAAUAACAAGAAAUAAUGAUGUAUAAAUGUAUUUUUAAAAAUACAGGAAAAAAAAAAGAUAAUAAAUGAUGCAACCGAAUAAUCAAUGGUCAUUAAUAACCAAUAAUCUAAUUCAAGAACAGUUGUCUGCUUCAAAAGAAGAAUGCCAUUUAAAGACAGAAAAUGCAUUUGAUGAUUGGAAACAAACGUUGAAAGCAGUAUCCUUUCAAAGUCAUAAAGAAACACGAAAGACUGCUAAACUAUUUACUCAAGUAGAUUCUUUAUCUAAGAAUACAAGGAAUUCAAUAGAAAAGACAAGCCAGAUAUUAGACGAAUUAUUAGAAAAAAAAUUAACUAUUUUAGCUGCAAUAAAGGAUUUAAAUGAUAUUCAAGAUUCAUUAGAUAUCAAUUCAAUAGUUAAAAAUCACUGGUGCCACUCUUCUUCAUCAGUAAACGAAGAAGAAGAACUGAAUGAUCACUUUUCCAAUAUGGAAACAGUUUAAAAUAUUCGUCAUCAUGAUCUUUCUCCCUGAGAUCUACAGAUUACGCGAGGGGGAGAAGGAUUUUCUUUCCAAGAUAAAAUAGUAUCAUCGAGCAAACAAAGUUGAUUAUCUAUUUUCUAGAAAAUCCAACCUUAUAUACAAGUUUAUUUAUACUAUAUAUGAUAUCAUCAUUCAAUGAAACAUUAAAGAAGCUUAUUUAGACUUGAUAAUAAAUCAUUGUCCUAUUUUUAUUAAACACAAACCAGAGCAUUUUUUUUUUUUUGCUUGCUUAUACUCUGGUUUUCUUUAUAUUACUGACUGGUUCCGAGUCCUUGUUUU